UUGCCAACAACUGUCUCAAACGACGACGACGAUGCGAGCACUCAUCUUGGCUGCUGGAUAUGGCACUCGCCUGCAGCGAGACAUUGACCAGUCUCCCACAUACCACCACCUCUCUGGCGUCCCAAAGCCGCUGCUUCCCAUCGGUAAUGUACCCCUCAUCUCCCGCUGGGUGAAGGAGCUGCAAAGGCACCGCGAUCGCAUCUCCGAGAUCCUGGUUGUCACAAACGCCACCAACCACCACCUCUUUGAAGACUGGGCUCGUCAGUUUGAUAACAUCACCCUCAUCUGCGACGGCAGCACCACAAACGAGACCCGCAGCGGCGCGGUGGCAGCUAUUCAGCUGGGCGCAUCCAGGUUCCAGUGUGCAGACGACCUGAUUGUCGUUGGUGGUGACACCCUGUUCAAACAAGACUUUCAUCUUGCAGACAAGCUGCAUGAGUUUGACAGCCACCCCGAUGCGUCGCUGCUCCUCAGCUACAAUGUCGAUGACGCAACAACCAAGAAGUGCGGCAUCCUUGAAGUCAACACAAAACGCCAGGUGACGGCAUUUCUCGAGAAACCGGGACCAGAAGCGACACACUCGCGUCUUGGCUGCCCGUGCUUCUACAUCCUCCGCCGAACAGCGCUGCCGCACCUUGAAACGUUUCUUGACGAGCACAUGGGCAAGACGCCGCUGGCGACCUAUGAUGCGCCGGGCAACUUUAUCCGUUAUCUCAUCGCCAAGCACGCGUGUUACGCGAGCCAGAUCUCCGGGCGGUACGACGUUGGCGGCCUCGCAACAUAUGUCCAGUGCAACCGCGACUUUGCACAACCACAGCAGCAGCAGCAGGGGACAACAAUCACAACAGUUGCGCUAGCUGCUUUAUUCGCUGCUUUCCUUCGAGGCGCAACAGCGCCCUCACCGUGAGAUCCUUCUUUCUUCUUUGCAUGUGCGUGCGCGUGUACGUGUGCGUGCACGUGUGCGUGUGCGCCUUUCUUGCCUUCCUACCAGUCCUUGUUACCGCACUCCAUUGACGAUACCCUGCAAGCGACACAUUGCUCAUUCAACAAAGUAAACAACCCCCCCCCCCUCCUUGCCCGAUUUGGCUUGCUUGCAAGCACUCCGCAGGAAGAUGGGUGUAUUUGGU